AGUCGCCACGGCUCCACCGCGCGGUGCGCACCGCCGCGCGCUCUGGGGGCCGCGAAUUCGCUGCGCCGCGAUGCUGCGAUGGGCGUCGUGGCCGACAGCGUUGCUGGGAGGUGUGCUUGCUGCCCCCGCGCGCGCGGGUGCGGGGACGGGGUACGACUGCCAGCAGGGAGAGCCUGCCCGCUGGCCGCAGCCACAAAGAGAGGCGUGCUGCCUCGCGCAGGGCGUGCACUGCGGGGGCGGAGACGCCGGGGCUGCCCUGGACGAUUCGGCUGGGGCUGCCGCGGGCGAGGACGCCUGGGAGCAGGAGGCGAGCGCUGCUGCGCCUCGGCAUGCCCGAGGGUCGGAGAGCCUGCGCUCCCUGGUCGCCGCUCUGGCGGGGAGCUCCACCUCCAGCGGCGGGCAGCAGGAGCCGGCGGCUCGCCGUCGUCAUGCGCCUGGAGCUCCUCUGGCGGCAUCGCCCUCGCCUGCGCCGGCACAAGCCACCGCGGCGUCCGCGACCUACGACUGCGGCCCCAGCGAGGGGGCGGCGGCAGGGUGGCCCCGUGCGCGGCAGGAGUGGUGCUGCUCGCGGUGGGGCCUGCACUGCCCAGGGGUGUCCCUGGACGUGGGCUCAGGCAGACUCAGACCUCCUCGCGUCGUGAUUAGACUGACGACGGCACUUUUUUACAACCUUCGGGCUCUGGCAGCCAUCGCCGGGCCCUGGGACAGUCACGAAACAGCUCAGAAUGAACAACCCCGUUCUGGUGAACGGGUCGAGACCUCCGGGGGUCCGCGUUGUGGACAAACUUGCGAUGUCGGGGGUUCGACGGUCCUGGGGCCCGGUAAAGGCCUCCGGUGGCCUAUGAUCAAGACCGUCCCGUCGUGUUUUUUGUUGACGAUGCGAGGGGGUCUGGUCAGGCCAGCACAUGCGCUUUGAUGGCGCAGCGGUGCGGCCAUACGAUUGUGAGGUCACGGACGACUGGGAAAAGCACUGGUCCUCCGCUCAGCUCAUGUGGUGCUGCUCUCACGCGCAGCCGACCGGCUGCCCGAACCCAAGCCUCAUAGCGAUGUCCGAGGCACCCCGGCUCGAGGACCCCCCGCAGACGCAGAAGCUCGUCGGAGACGGCCUCCAGGUCAUCGUGGGCAGCCCGAGCCGCGGCCGCGUGGCCGAGGCGACGGACACGGCUGAGGAGACGGGCAGCACAAGUCGUGGCCGCGCGGCCGAGGCGACGGACAAGGGUGAUGAGACGGGCAGCGCGGGUCGUGGCCGCGUGGCCGAGGCUACGGGCACGGCUGGGAUGAUGGGCAGCGAGAGUCGUGGCCGCGUGUUCCAGGCGACGGACAGUUCUGAGGAGACGGGCCGUGCGGGUCAUGGCCGCGUGGCCGUGGCGGCGGAGACAGCCCAGGAGACGCGCGGUGCGAGCCGUGACCACGUGGCCGUGGCGACGGACGGUGCUGAGGAGACGGGCAGUGCGAGUCGCGGCCGCGUGGCCGAGGCGACGGACACGGCUGAGGAGACGGGCAGUGCGAGUCGUGGCCGCGCGGCCGAGGCGACGGACACGGCUGAGGAGAUAACGUCGCGAGCGUGCGGAGAGGGGCCCGCAGACGUGCCUGAGGGCGCCUGGAGCAGUUGGGCAGCAGAGAAGCGGACGUCGUGCUGCGAGGCGUGGGAGGUGACUGGCGGCCAGCCUGGCGACGGAGGCGAGUGGGGCGCGGGGACGGCGGGCGAGUACUGCUGCUCGCGUCAUGGGCGUCUGUGCCCGCGCCGCGCUGGGCCGUCGCUCGCGGAGAUUGAGUGGUUCAAAGCUGGGGCCGGCAUGGGGCCCUCAGGAUAAGGCAGGGGCCCCGGGCUGAACCUCCUCUGCUCGAGGCCACUCCGUCCCUGGGGCCCCGUCCCCCAGGGCCCCCACCGUUGAAC